UCCCACCACGCUUUCCAGCGCUGGGGGUCAGCCAGGCCCGCAGCAGCCACAGCUGAGCAAGCCAGCCCAGAGCCCCCCACUGCGCUCCUGCCAGCCCCACGGGAGCAGCAGCUCAGCCUCUGCUGCUGCCCAGGGCAUCCCAAGCGUCCUGCAGCGCGGAGCCGGACACGCUGCUGUGGCCCAGGCUGCCCUGCUGACAGAGCGCUCUUUUGCAGCACUGCCCUGGCACUGUGGGAGGUGAUGUUCUCCGUGCCCCAGACCCUGCAAAGCGUUUUGAAGGAGCUGCUCAUCCAACUCCAGGACCCAAAGAGCAGGCUCUUCUGCACGUACCUGGAGGACCACUGCCUCGUUAGCUUGGCUAUGCUGGCCGGCAGUGAUCUGGGAGAUCGGGAGUUUGCUCUGCUCUACAUGGCCUUCAGGUUUCUGAAGGAAGAAAGGCUGGCCAUGCUCUCCCUGGUGCUCACGGGCAUCAUGACGCUGUCACAGACAGACGAGAUGGCAAGGAAAAUGAAGGUCAUGCUGCCAGACCUGAUGUGGGUCCUGCAGUGCGGCAACAAGGCCAUCAAGAUCAAGGCUCUGGCCAUCUUCAGAACCGUGAUGGCUCAGCUGCAGAGGGAGGAGGCCAGCCCCAUCGCCGUGACGCUGGCAGGAUUUCUCCUGCCCCUCUUUGAUGACGAGCUGAGCCAGCUGAGAGAGAGCUCCAUCAGCCUCUUCAGAGACCUGAUGAAGAUGGUGGUGCGGAACAACAAGAGGGAGAUGAAGAACACGGUGCAAUGUGGCCUGCUCCCUCUCUUCUUCCGCAUGAGUGACCAAGUGCAGAGCGUGGCCAAGGCCGCUGGGGAAGCCCUCCUCGCUGCAGCAGAGCUGCUCAGGUGGAAACAGCUCAAACAGCUGGUGCAGACAGAGCAGACAUGGCGGAUUGGAGAGAGCUUGCUGGAGCGGGACAGGAGCAGAGCUCAAGAGUUCUUGAGUCAGAGCCUGCCGUACCUGAGGGAUGCUCAGGCCAGCUCACGAGAGGCGGCCGUGAGGUUCAUUGCCCUUCAGCCCUUGGAGCAGGACAGCGAACCCUCCAUCUGCUCCCUGGCAGCCCAGACCAUCCACAUCCUGGGCAACCCAAGGGAGCAGCCACGAUCGCGAUGGACCCUGCGAGGCCUGUGCUGCUGGCCCCGCUAA